AUGGCAUGCAUCGUAACUACGAGCGGCAACGACGAGGGCUCUUAUAGAAGAUACACAGCAACAACUGAACGCUAUUAUCGCACCUGUUUGAUAAAUUUGAGUGUUUUCGCUGUAGCUAAUAUUAUAUGCUUUCACUAUACAGAUAGCUAUCUGAAUUUGACAACGUACAAGAAAAUCGCGAUCAAAGCUGCAUUCUUUGUAGCCCUGCUGUUUUUGAUUCGUGAUCCGACCAUUGAGACGUUGCAGGUUUUCAGAGGUGCAGGCGUUCAAGUCAGUACCCUGCAAGGAUGUAUAUUGUUCCCGAAGAUUUUGAACCGAAAAUGGUUUGAACACUCUCAAUUCAUGCCCAAGGACAUUGUAAUGGAUAUUAUUAUCAACGAGGGGUUUACCAAGGGAUUUCAAGUCAUCUUUUACCUAGUCAUUCUCAAAGACUCCGCUGAUCUACAAUUGGUCUUUCCAGUAUGUUAA